AUGGCGCCGAGAUCCCGCAAGGCAGAUGUAAAUCCUUUUGUUGAGGAAACUGCGGAAGCAGCUGCGAAGGACAAGCUGGAUCUGGGUGAUGCGGCAUCGAUCAAGCGUGCCCUGGACGAGGCUGCUGCGGAGGCCCUUCAGGGGGAGGGCUGCGCCCUGGAUCACUCUGUUGUGGACACCAGGAUUGCGGUGGGCGCAGCGACCUGCCUGGUCGCCCUCGUCGCACAAUUCUGGCCAGCCAAGAGCCCCCACGCGUGGUACGUGCUGGUGGUCUGCGUCUCGUCCUAUGCGGUGCUGAGCGCCACCCUCUCCCUGCUGGCCGCCCUGGUAGAGAAGGAGUCCAUCGCGCGCACCAAGCCCGGCGGGGGGAGGCCGGCCCUGGUGCUAUCCACCCACCUCCCCCGCUGGAGCGAUCGGUACACCCUCACCCUGGCACCGGCCGGGGGUCAGGGAUCCCAUCAAAAAAGGCUGGCCAGCGUAACAGCAACUCAUGGGCUGGGCGAGCUCGUGCAUGGCGACGGCGUCGUGGCCGUGGAGCGUGUGCAUCGUGCAAUCAAGGACCUGCUGGCACGGUUGGCAGGCGCGCAGGCCAAGGAGCAGUGA